AUGACCACAGAACUCACUCACAUGGCCACACCUAGCUGCAAAGGUGCUGAGAAAUGUGCGCAGGUAUUCCAGGCGGAUUCCCGAGCAGCAGAUUCCCGAGCAGCGGAUUCCCGAGCAGCGGAUUCCCGAGUAGCGGAUUCCCGAGCAGCGGAUUCCCGAGCAGCGGAUUCCCGAGCACCAGCGCCACCGCGCGUGCGCACACGCCCCAGACCCAGGCUUAGGAGGACUGAGAAUUUUCUGACUGCAGUGCACCAUGGGAAGAAAGAAGAAAAGGCGGCCGUGGAGAGACGAAGAUUUCAUGUGCUGAAAGCUCUGAAGAAGCUAAGGAUCGAGGCCAGUGAGGCCCCAGUUGUUGCUGUGCUGUGCUCAGGUGGAGGACUGCGGGCUCACAUUGCCUGCCUUGGAGUCCUGAGUGAGAUGAAAGAACAGGGCCUGUUGGAUGCCGUCACGUACCUCGCAGGGGUCUCUGGAUCCACUUGGGCAAUAUCUUCUCUCUACACCAACGAUGGUGACAUGGAAGCUCUCGAGGCUGACCUGAAACGUCGAUUUACCCGACAGGAGUGGGACUUAGCUAAGAGCCUACAGAAAACCAUCCAAGCAGCAAGGUCUGAGAAUUACUCUCUGACCGACUUCUGGGCCUACAUGGUUAUCUCCAAGCAAACCAGAGAACUGCCAGAGUCUCAUUUGUCGAAUAUGAAGGAGCCUGUGGAAGAGGGAACACUACCCUACCCGAUAUUUGCAGCCAUUGACAACGACCUGCAACCUUCCUGGCAGGAGGCAAGAGCACCAGAGACCUGGUUCGAGUUCACCCCUCACCACGCUGGCUUCCCUGCACUGGGGGCCCGUGUUUCCAUAACCCACUUCGGAAGCAAAUUCAAGAGGGGAAGACUGGUCAGAACUCACCCUGAGAGAGACCUGACUUUCCUGAGAGGUUUAUGGGGAAGUGCUCUUGGUAACAUUGAAGUCAUUAGGGAAUAUAUUUUUGGCCAGUUAAGGAAUCCUCGGACCCGGCAAGGUUUAUGGAGAAGGAUUGUUGCUCAUAUUAGAAGGAUUGGAAACCUUUUUUUUGCCCAAUCACCGAGGCUGGAAGGAAGUUUGCCAAGGAAACGUCUUCCCCCAGAAGAUGAAUUCGUUGAGGCUGAAAACACCUGGCUGACUGAGAUGCUCAAGGAUUGGACCAGGACCUCCCUGGAAGAGCAGGAGCAGCCCCAUGAGGACCCCGAAAGGAAAGGCUCACUCAGUAACUUUCUGGAUUUUGUGAAAAAAACAGGCAUUUGCGCUUCAGAGUGGGAAUGGGGGACCACUCACAACUUCCUGUACAAACACGGUGGCAUCCGGGACAAGAAAAUGAGCAGCCGGAAGUACCUCCACCUGGUGGAUGCUGGUUUAGCCAUCAACACUCCCUUCCCACUCGUGCUGCCCCCGAUGCGAGAGGUUCACCUCAUCCUCUCCUUCGACUUCAGUGCCGGAGAUCCUUUCGAGACCAUCCGGGCUACCACUGACUAUUGCCGCCGCCACAAGAUUCCCUUUCCCCACGUAGAAGAGGCUGAGCUGGAUUUGCGGUCCAAGGGCCCCGCCAGCUGCUACAUCCUGAAAGGAGAAACUGGACCAGUGGUGAUGCAUUUUCCCCUGUUCAACAUAGAUGCCUGUGGAGGUAAUAUUGAGGCAUGGAGUGACACAUAUGACACAUUCAAGCUCGCGGACACCUACACUCUAGAUGUGGUGGUGCCACUCUUGGCAUUAGCCAAGAAGAACGUCAGGGAAAACAAGCAGAAGAUCCUUACAGAGUUGAUGAACGUGGCCAGGCUCUACUACCCGAGGGAUAAUGCCCAAACUUGCUCCUUGGCAUAGAUGAGCCUCAGCUUCCAGGGCAGUGUGGGCCUGUUGGUCUACCAGGGCCCUGAUGUCCACGUGGCCUUCCUGUUCUUCACUCCCUUCAGCCACACGCUUCAUGGCCUUGAGUUCACCUUGGCUGUCCUAACAGGGCCAAUCACCAGUGACCAGCUGGACUGUGAUUUUGAUAGCCUCAUUCAGAAGAAGGGGUCCAGGGAGCUGAAGGUGGUGAAAUUUGUCCUGCUGGUCCCUCGGGAGAUCCUGGAGCUGGAGCAUGAGUCUCUGACAAUCAGAAGCAUCAUGUCCAAUGUCCAGAUGGCCAAAAUGAAUGUGAUAGUUCAGAGCAAUGCCUUUAACUGCUCCUUUAUUACUGCACUUCUAGCCAGUAGCUCUGUAGAAAUUAGCUCUGUAGAAGUAAGAACUUGGGCUUAAAUCAUGGGCUAUCUCUCCAGCGCCAAAUGGAGCUCUGAGAAUACAACAAGUGCUCAAUAAAUGCUUGCUGAUUGACUGAUGGA